AUGAAUGUUCAUACGGCAAAAAAACCGACAAUCAGUUCAUCAUUUUAUGAUAGUUAUACAAAUAAACCGGUAAAAUGGUACGAAAUUGUUGAUGCCUAUCGACAAUAUACGGAAACAUAUUUACCAAUCCGUUUGGAUAAUUAUCCACAAACUCUGUUGAAAAAUCUUAAAGGGUUUUUCUCGAGUACAGAAAAAACCGAAGUAAUUGAUGAUAUAAAUCCCGUAAAUGAAAUUCAACAAACGCGUCCCGAUGGCAACAUAAUCAAAGUAACUGAAUAUGAUUUAAAAGGUGAAAAAUUUGAUUCACGCAUAUCAGAUGCUGUUAGAACACAUUCGUCCAAAAAACUACGUAGCAGCUCAAAAAGAGCUCGAUCACGACACCAAACAAUGUCACCACCAAGACGAUCUUAUUCUCAUACAAGACAAAAUUCAGUAUCACCGACUUUUUCCGAUUGUCCCGAAUGCCUUGCAGCAGCCCGAGCAAAUUCAUAUAUUUGUAAUUGUUCUGAAUGUCGUAACAAACGAUCCGUAUAUCCAAAUCAAAAACCCUUUUGUGAUUGUUAUGAAUGUCGUCAAAACAGAAAAGUUUCACAAUAA